AUUCUAAAAAUAUAGUUUUGUCAUUUUCAUGUUUAAGUCUAUUUUAGAUAUUGUGUUUGGGGGAUUAUUUCUUUAUAUACAAUUUAUUAACAAUAAAGAUAGAUUUUAUUAAUAAUUUCAAAAUGAAUAUUACUUCAGCAGCUGGCAUAAUUUCCUUACUCGAAGAACCAAUACCUGAAUUAAAAGUUUUCGCCUUAAAGAAGUUGGAUAUGAUUGUUGAUGAAUUUUGGCCAGAAAUAUCGGAAGCAAUUGAAAAAAUUGAGAUACUUCACGAGGAUAGAAAUUUUAACCAUCAUGAACUUGCAGCUUUAGUAGCAAGUAAAGUAUAUUAUCAUCUUGGAAGUUUUGAAGACUCUUUAACCUAUGCAUUAGGAGCAGGUGAAUUAUUCGAUGUUAAUGCUCGAAAUGAAUAUGUGGAUACUAUUAUCGCUAAAUGCAUUGAUUUUUACACACAACAACGAGUGCUUGAAGCUGAAAAUAAAUUAUGUACUGAUUAUAAAGGAAUUGAUCCUAGAUUAGAGGGUAUAGUAAAUAGAAUGUUUCAGAGAUGUUUAGAUGAUAAUCAGUAUCGUCAGGCUUUAGGACUAUCACUUGAAACAAGACGAAUGGAUAUUUUUGACGCUGCCAUUAUGCAAUCGGAUGAUGUAAGUGGGAUGUUAUGUUAUGCAUUUCAAGUGGUAAUGAGUCUUAUUCAAAAUCGUGGUUUCCGAAAUGCUGUACUUCGUUGCUUGGUUGGUUUAUAUAAAAAUUUAAAUACUCCAGAUUAUGUUAGCAUGUGUCAGUGUUUGAUAUUUUUGGAUGAUGCGUUGGCAGUUGCAGAACUUUUAGACAGACUUAGUAAAGGAUCUGAAAAUUGUGCAUUAAUGGCUUAUCAAAUUGCAUUUGAUCUUUAUGAAUCUGCCACACAACAAUUUCUUGGGCGUGUGCUACAAGCUCUAAAAGCUACAGCUCCUGUGCCAGGAGCUCUUAUAGUGAAAGCAAUCGUUAAAUCAGAUACAUCUACUUCAGUUUCUUAUCAGGAAAAUGUUGAACCUAUAAUGAUAGAAGUAACAGAUUCUGGAAAAAGCUCGGAGGAAGUAGAACAAAAAAAUAUUAAUAAUUUGACUACUGAAGAACGCGAGCAACAAGAAAGAGUGAAUGCUUUGUCCAAAAUUCUAGGCGGUGAAAUUUCUAUCGAUUUACAUUUACAGUUUCUUAUUCGUAGUAAUCAUACAGAUAUGCUCAUUUUAAAAAACACUAAAGAUGCAAUAAGAGUGUCAAUUUGUCAUACUGCUACUGUCAUUGCCAAUGCUUUUAUGCAUUCAGGUACAACAAGUGAUCAAUUUCUAAGAGAUAAUUUAGAGUGGUUGGCGCGAGCAACAAAUUGGGCAAAAUUAACAGCUACUGCGUCUCUUGGAGUUAUUCAUCGCGGUCAUGAACAAGAAGCAUUACCUUUAAUGCAAUCUUAUUUACCCAGAGAUACAGGUGCUGGUGCAGGAUAUUCAGAAGGUGGAGGAUUAUAUGCUUUAGGACUUAUUCAUGCUAAUCAUGGAGCAGCAAUUACUGAUUAUUUGUUAGGACAACUAAAAGAUGCUCAAAAUGAAAUGGUUAGACAUGGCGGUUGCCUUGGAUUGGGAUUAGCUGCUAUGGGUUCUCAUAGGCAGGAUGUAUAUGAACAACUAAAAUUUAACCUUUAUCAAGAUGAUGCUGUAACUGGUGAAGCUGCUGGUAUUGCAAUGGGCAUGGUUAUGUUAGGUUCAAAACUAACCCAAGCUAUUGAAGAUAUGGUCGCGUACGCACAAGAAACGCAACAUGAAAAAAUUUUACGUGGACUGGCAGUCGGAAUUGCUUUUACAAUGUACGGUCGUCUUGAAGAAGCAGAUCCCUUAAUUAGUUCUCUUAGUGCUGAUAAAGAUCCAAUACUUCGAAGAAGUGGAAUGUAUACUCUAGCUAUGGCAUAUUGUGGUACAGGCAAUAAUCAAGCAAUUCGCAAACUUCUUCAUGUUGCUGUAUCUGAUGUAAAUGAUGAUGUUCGACGUGCAGCAGUGACAGGACUAGGAUUUUUGCUUUUUAGAAAUCCUGAACAGUGUCCAAGUGUGGUAUCUCUAUUAGCAGAAAGUUACAAUCCACAUGUUCGUUAUGGAGCAGCAAUGGCAUUAGGUAUUGCGUGUGCUGGUACAGGUCUAAAAGAAGCAAUAGGUUUGCUUGAUCCGAUGACAAAUGAUCCAGUAAAUUUUGUACGUCAAGGUGCACUUAUUGCAUCAUCCAUGAUUCUUAUUCAACAAACAGAAGCUACCUGUUCUCGUGUAAAGGACUUUCGAAUACUUUAUGCUAAAGUUAUUAUUGAUAAACAUGAAGACCAUAUGGCGAAAUUUGGUGCAAUUUUGGCUCAGGGUAUUAUAGACGCAGGAGGACGGAAUGUAACUGUUUCUUUACAGUCACGAACUGGUCAUACUAACAUGUUAGCAGUUGUAGGAGCACUCGUGUUUACCCAAUAUUGGUAUUGGUAUCCACUUGCGCAUUGUUUAGCAUUAGCAUUUACACCAACUUGUCUUAUUGCUUUAAAUGCUCAACUGAAAAUGCCGAAACUUAAUUUAAAAUCAAAUGCUAGGCCCAGCAUAUAUGCUUAUCCACCCCCACUUGAAGAGAAAAAACGAGAAGAACGAGAAAAAGUUACAACAGCUGUUCUUAGUAUUGCAGCAAGAGCUAGAAGACGUGAAUCAGAACGCCGUGCUCGUGAUUCUCACGAAAAAAUGGAUAUCGAUCUACCUAUAAAUAUUACGGAAACCAAGGAUAAUCCUGAAGCUAAGGAUGAUAGAAAAUAUAAAGAAAAAGAUGAUAAAGAAAAUAAAAAUGUUAAAGAUAAAAGAAAGGAAGAUAGUAUUGACAAAUGCGAUAAAGAUAGAGAGAGAGAGAAAGAAAAGGAAAAAAAAGAUACCGAACCCAAUUAUGAGAUUCUACAAAAUCCAGCACGUGUUUUACGGCAUCAACUAAAAGUAAUUCAGUUAGUUGAAGGUAGUUUGUAUACAACAGCAAAAGAUGUACAAAUUGGUGGAAUUGUAAUGGUCAAACACGUUCAUACAAACAAAGACGAAGAAUUAGUGGAACCAGUAGCUGCAUUUGGACCAAAGCCUGAUGAAGAAAAGGAAUCAGAUCCACCAGAACCAUUUGAAUAUAUUGAAGAUUAAAAUAAAAAAGAUAUAUUAUGAUUAUUAAUAACCAAUCAUAUCAA